AUGCCUAUCAUUAGUACAGUCAUCAAGGGCGUUGGGGCAGGCAUUGGCAUGGCGCACGAAGCCGUUGCCGACCACAAGGAGAAGAAAGCCGCUCAGAACCGGGGUGUCUCCCCUCACCCGCCAGGAGGAUCCACCGAAGAGCAAAUGAAAUCACUUGGAAAGCAAAGAUCGAAUGAAGACCGUGAACUUGAUUCAAGCAGCAGUGAUGACUCUGAUCUGGAAACGGACCGCGCUGAAUGGGCUCUUGACAAAGCUGCCCAAGAGCUCGAAGAACAUUUACCCAGCUACGAUGAGUCGGCAGCAGCAACCUCACCAUCCCCCGAAGAAAUCGCGAACUCGUUUGUCCAGACACUUCAACUCUCCAAAUUGCCCCCGCAAACCUACACGCCAUUACCAAAUCCAGUGAUCCUGCCCCAGCGCCGACCAAAAGACAAGAGCCGUGGGUUUGUGCGUGCUUAUGCUCCCCUCCUCGGAUCGUGCGCCGGGAUUGACCAGAAGAUGUUCAUUGACUUCCUCAACGACUUCGACCGCGCCUCUCGUGCCAGCCCGGUCUUCGAUGUAAUCAACGUGGCCUGUUUUGCUGUGGGAGUGAUCCCGAAUCCAAUCGCCAUGGCCGUCACAACGGCUGUGCAGGUUGCCUCCAGGACCGCACAGGAGGUCCAAUCUCGAUACCGCCGAAACACAUACCUUGAUCAGAUCAACGAAUCCCUGUUCAAGCCUCGUGGUCUUUACUGUUUGAUCAUGACCUUCAAACCCGACAACCCACACAAGCCGGUCCUAAACCUUGAUGUCAGGAGUCAGGAAUCCUCUGACCAAGGGCUUCUCAAAGCGACUUCUACGCCCGAGUCUGAGAUUCGCGGGAAACUGAAACAAAUCCGUCUUACCUCAGGCACGACCAAGGGCGAGUUGUCGCUCCCGGAGUCUGCGCCAUUGAUAUAUCCGGCUGUGGACGCAGCGGCGAGGGCGGCUCUUGAAGCCGAGGGUGGCGCUGGAGCUGCUCCCCAAGAAAAGGAGCAAAAUGCAUUCAAGUCCGCUGGUGCUUUCAUGGCCACAUACCUUGACCGACGUGCGCAGGCGAGCUACACAGGGUCGCAUCCGAUGUCGAAGCUGGCGACACCGCCGCCUGAGAAAAAGUUUGCAUCACGCUAUUCCGACCCCAACCAUCCAGCAAACUCGGGAACGAUUCUAGGCCUCCUGACAGGAGGAAAAUUCGACCCCAAGGCCAGGCGUCGAGGUGAACGCGCCCAGCGGCGCGCCCAUAGGAGAGGAUACCACCUGAGCGAAACCGAUGUGAAGAAUGCGGAGAUGGGAAGACUCCCCAGGCGGAAGAAGGGACUCAUGGGCCGCGUGUUACACAAGGAUGUUUUGUACCUCACCAUCGUGAACUUGCCUAGUGAAAGUGAGAUGAAGGAGUUGGCGCAAGAGUGGGAAAGAUUGAACUCCUAG